AAAGUACCGCAGGUUCGUGAACUAACUAAUUUGUUAGGCCGGAAAAUGGCUCGGAAAGUCUUUUUAUUUUGGCUUAUAUACAUAUGGCUGGAUUGAUCACAUAAGUUGUAGUUGGCAAGUCAACAUCUGUACUGUAUUCACAAGACAGGGGAUUGUCAUUAAUUGUAUGGUGCAUGACUAUUUUUUUCCCAUCAAUACUUCUGUGACAGUUCCACAUCCCAUCAAAAUGACGUAAAGUAGACAGAAGAAGAAACAUGCUCUUAGUGUAGGAGAAAAAAUGUGCCAAAAUUGUAAAGAGAUUUUUUAAAUACAGUAUACCGUAUGCCUUAAUACCCCGGAAGAGGUCUUCUUUUACUUACUGGAACUGUGACAGACGAAUCUAAAAUGAACAAGAAAGAAUAUCUUUGCCCACGGCUGCUGGACUAUAUCCUGAUAGUCGGGGCACGCCAUCCCAAUCACAACAAUGAUGUUGCACAAACACCCGAACUCCUGAAACGCUUUCCGCGGGAAGAUCACCAAGACUUCCCUCUCCCGAAAGACGUAGUGUACUUUUGCCAACCGGAAGGCUGUUUGACGGUUGGCCAGAAGAGGUUCAGCAUGAGGGAAAAUACAUCCUUUGUUUUCACACUCACGGAAAAGGACUCUGCGCGCAUGAGGUACGGAAUUUGCGUGAACUUCUACCGACCGUUCAAAGUCUCGGAACGCAAAUCGAGCAGUUCGUUGGAGAAGCGGGAAAAGUCGCUCCUGAACACGCGGCAGCACUCGAGCAGUAGCAACGACACGUUGAACAUCCCUGAUGAUAACACAGAAGUGCACAAGUCACCUAGAACUCGUAGGAGGCUCAAACAGGCAAAGAAGAUCCGUAAUAACUCUUUAACGUCUCUCUGUAUUUUGAGUCACCACCCGUUUAUUUCAACGUUUCGUGAAUGUCUCUUUAUCCUGAGGAAACUGAUUGAUUCAUGUAAUGAGAGGACGAGUAGUCGGAAGGUCGGAGGAUCAAGAUCAUCACUCAGAGAUUCCGUGUGGGGCGUGUUGACCGGUAUCUGCGGCGACAUCCCUCCUUUGGUGAAACACGACGUACGACAGAUUGAGACCUGGAUGCUCCGCCUCCUGAGCGCUCCCGUUCCGGUGCCAGGGAAGACCAGGGUAGAGAUCGAGAUCCUGGAGUCACAGCCCGCCCUGGUCUUUGCCCUCCCGGACCACACCCGUUUCUCCCUGGCGGACUUCCCCCUCCAUCUUCCCCUGGAGCUCCUUGGUGUUGAUACGUGUCUCAGUGUGAUUACCCUCAUCAUGCUGGAGAAUAAGGUGGUACUUCAGUCACGAGACUACAACGCCCUGUCGAUGAGCGUGAUGGCGUUUGUGGCGAUGAUUUACCCUCUAGAGUACAUGUUUCCAGUCAUUCCUCUUCUACCUACUUGUAUGGGAUCGGCAGAGCAGUUAUUGCUGGCACCUACACCGUAUAUUAUUGGUGUGCCGGCUAGCUUCUUCCGCUACAAGCCUUCCUUCCAGCUCCCAGAUGACAUCUGGAUGGUCGACUUGGACACAAACAAGAUCACCGUGGCAGGGAAGGCUGGUCACAUCCCUGCUUUCCCAGAGCCAGAGGGCAGUGACCUUAAGAGACACCUCAGACAGGCUUUAGCUAGUAUGAGCCUCAACCCACCUCCAAUCAAGGACUUUGAUAAGGCCAGCUCCCGAGAGUUUGAGGCCAUCAGCAAGCACCAAACGGCGCUCACCGCCGAAAGCGACUUCAAGCAGUUCGUCUACGGGAACGACGUCGACGCCGUGGACGUGGCGACCAGGGUAGCGAUGGCCAAGUUCCUCAACGCUCCCGAUGUGCUGGGGAACCUGACGGAACAUACCAGGACCCUGAGGCUGUAUCCUAGACCAGUGGUUGCAUUCCAGGUCCAGACCUUCCUCUCCUCUAGACCAAACAGAUCCCCCUUCACUGAUCACCUAGCAAGCACACAGGCUAUUGAAUACUUUGGGGAGUGCAGUCUAAACCCCUUGAAUGUGACAUUCCUGAGAAUACAGACUGGAGUCUACGACCCUCAUCUCAUUGGAGACAAGUCUAAAUGGUUCAGGGAGCAGCUCCAACCAAUAGAAUUCAAGGUUCAGUUUGAGAACUGCACCCUGGGCGCGGCCCUCUCCAGCGCCUCCGAGGGUGGUUCCGACUCGUCUAACCCUACGGAUGAGAGUGGGGAGGAGAGCGAGAGGGAGGAUGGAGGAGGGAGCUCAUCGUCUUCAUACUCCUCCUUGGAUGAGUUUGUGGUAGACAUGAUGAAUAGCGAUAUCAAGGGGGACGUGCAGGAUCCUGACAAACCAGACCAGUUCAGUGAGAUAGAUGAACACUCCAUCUACCAGCCACCAGACACGCUACAGCUCCCCCCAGACAUGGUUCAGAGUGAUAACAACCAGUUUGCAGAUAGCGAUUCAUCCAGUAGCCAGGACAACCCAACGUCACCUGAUUCAUCGGACGAGGAGUUGCCUCUUAGUGUUCGGAUGCGCAUUGCCCAGAACAUGUCAAUGUCCGGCAUAGACACCGAUCAAGACUUGGACAGCAGCGUCUACGACUCCGACAAUCAGCAUCGGAGAGACUCUAAUGAUCUAGACUCCGAGAUGGGUUCUAGAGGGGGGCGUGGGUCGCCAACGUUUAUGGACAAGGUCAAUGCACUUUUCAGGUCGGAUUCCUCAGACUCGUCAGCCCCGACCACCCCGACCAAGACCAAACCCAAACCCUCCAUCCUGAGAGGCAUCAUGGACCUGGCCCUGGAGACGGCUAAGGAACCCAUUGGGUCUCCAACCUCCCUGAGCAGCAUGGAUCCCAACGGCUACGCCGCCAGCGUCAAAUCAGAUCCUGGUCCUAAUAGGAGUAGGAUGGGGUCCGGGAUGGGACUGCCUACCAGGAAGAAGAAGACGUCAUCACCACUCACCAGAGAUACAAGAAGGUCACUCGUGGAGAGGUCAUCACUAAUCAGACAUCACUCAACCAAGAAACCUGAGAAACGCUCUUCACUUACAAGUGAAAGACCCAACAGCGAGGACCAGCUUUUCUUGAAAGAGAUCGUCAGGGGAGUAUUAGAAGGGAACAAUGUCGGCUGGCUGAACUGGUCACGUCUCAAACGCCUCAUGCAGAACGAGAACAUGAGAGCACAAGUCAUCAGUCAGCUGUAUCCACAAGACACUGCUGUGACGGGAGACUACAUUGAAGAUGUGAAAGUGAACAAAGCGGUUUACAAGGGCUUAUGCUCCGUGCUAAAGGCCGUCCUGGCUGGCCUGGAGUAUUCCUUUGAACACCACAGCGCCGGGGGCAUGGCCAGUGCCUUCGCACUACUGGAGAUUGCCAGCACGCACUACUUCGGCAAGGAGCCCGAGCUGACGCAGAAAGGAGACGGGCGUCACCGCGGAGGCAGCCUGAAGACCGGAGGAGCUUCUCAUGGUUGGUCGAAGAGUGAAUCCAUCAGCAGCAGUAGUACAAGCACGGAAGAGGGCGCUAUUAAAGUACACACUUCUAACCUGGAAGACAACCGCAACGACAGCGCCUAUGAGCUCAUAGACGAGUCGGAGAUCCCCAUCGGAAGCAGCGUGGGAGCGGGUGUCCACGGAGCAGUCGGGAUAGCCGCAGGGAUAGCAGUCACAGAUGAAGGUGUCAUUGGAACCCAGCUUGACAUGACUCCACUUACUGGAGUAAACAGACACACAAACCAACAAACAGAUCCAUCACCUAGCAACCACAACCACCAGGGCAGUGAGGGUGUGGAGGAAGGCAUCCAAUCAGAGCUCAAGGAUAUUACCAAUAAUAAUCUAUACAACACAGGGGAGUCAGCCAUUACAUUUAUAGCACCACCUAGCAGCACCCACAGCCCAGACAUACGAGACCUGAUGGAUACGCCCACCCGCCACCGGCGAACCAAGCUUGUUGAAAAGCUAUCUAGCAUGGACUCUGAGCUCUCCGAGGCCAGCACCUUGGUCAGCUUCAACUCAUCAGACACGCUGGGCAACGACAGCGAUACCAGCUCCACCAGCGGGGUGGACGUCCGGAGCAGACGGUCAAGGAUUGCCCACCAUUCAAUCAGGCCCGUCAUGUCGGACACGGAGGUGGAGUUGAAUGGGUCAUCCAUGAUCCUGUCCAAACGCAACACACCCGCACGCUGGGCAAUGAAGAGUCGUAAGUCAGCCGGCUUCCGUUACCAUGGCGGCGACAUGAUAGCGACCGACUCCGACACUUCAGAGGUCAUCCUGAGGCGAUAUGUCUUUGAAGCUUUUGUCGUGAAAGACCGGUCGCCAUUAUGGGACCAGCCAUUAUUCUGGGAGGAUGCCUACUUGGAUGCGGUUGCCGCGGAGAGGGAUGCAGUCGGGCUGGACCAGGGUCCAGCUGAGAUGAUACACAGGUAUGUCUCGCUAACCCCCGAGGAGAGGAAGAGAUUGGAAGAGGAUGAGGAUAAGCUCUUGUCCGAAAUGCUAUACAACAUGACGGCUUACAUGAUAGAAAUGGAGGUACCCAAGAUAGAGGUCAAGCGACGAGUCAGACGUCUGCUUGGAAGGUCACAUGUUGGCCUACUUUAUAGCCAAGAUGUCAACGACCUUUUGGACCAAGUCAAUAAUUUGUAUGGCAAUGACAUUGACCUGAAGCCAGCAGGGAGUCGUCAGAUGAGGAAACACAGCUUUGUGGUGCAUGCUGGUUCAGAUAAUAAGGGAGACGUACUCUUCAUGGAGGUGUGCGAUGACUGUGUAAUAAUCAGGUCAGGUAAUGGUGCUGUGUGUGAUAGGUGCUGGUACGAGAGACUAAUUAACAUGACCUAUUGCCCCAAGACUAAAGUCCUAUGUCUGUGGAGGAAGGUCUCAAGUAACACCAAGCUGGACAAAUUCUACACCAAGAAGUGUCGUGAGCUGUAUUUCUGUAUCAAGGAAAGCAUGGAGAAAGCUGCCUCAAGGCAGAAGAAUGGCAUUACUGCAGAACCGGAGCUCGGUGGUGAGUUUCCUAUUCAAGAUGUGAAAACAGGAGAAGGUGGCCUGCUUCAAGUUACCAUGGAAGGCGUAGGGCUCAAGUUCCCCCAGUCAAAGGCAUUCAUCGAACUGAAGGACAUCAAAGAAUAUAAGACCAAAAAGGACAUUUUCAUGCUUGUAGAAUGCAAUCCACAGCAGAAGAAUGCCAUCCGUCACAAGUUCCGCUCAGCCAUGGCCCAUGAUAUCGGUUACGCCAUGCUCUGCGUCUUCUCCUACCUGGCUGCAGCUAAGAACUCUGAAACGAUCAGCCGAAAGGAAAUGGAAGCUCGGAUGGCAGGACGCAAACGAGAAUUCAUGUCUAGUUAAAGAGGACAAACUAAAUCCAUCCUUAAAAUCAAGCACAUCAAUUGGUCUGUCUAGUACUGAGGAUAUUCCCUUUGUUGUCUGGUCUGCAUUACGGCCGAAGAUUAAGGCGAUCUGUUGCCCAACAGCCUGUUGGUAACCCCUCAGUCUGCCUGCAAGCAAGGAAACACUCGGGCUGAAGAUACACGAUGCAUGGACUACUACUAAAUACAGAGUAAUAACCCUGGGUGUUCAGCCAAUGUGUAUAGCAGGCUCAUAUCUUUUAUGUGAAAGGUCAAUCUGGACAAGGUCUACAAUUUGGUCCGAUCUGGAAGAGGUCUACAAUAUGGUCCGAAUCUGGAAGAGGUCUACAAUAUACACUGUAGUCCGAAUUUGGAAGAGGUCUACAAUAUGGUCCGAAUCUGGAAAAGGUCUACAAUAUGGUCUGAAUCUGGAAGAGGUCUACAAUAUGGUCCGAAUCUGGAAAAGGUUUACAAUAUGGUCUGAAUCUGGAAGAGGUCUACAAUCUGGUCUAAAUCUGGAAGAGGUCUACAAUAUGGUCUGAAUCUGGAAAAGGUCUACAAUAUGGUCUGAAUCUUGAAGAGGUCUACAAUUUAGUCCAAAAUGUGGAAGAGGUCUACAAUAUGGUCCAAAUCCGGAAGAGGUCUGAAAUAUUGGUCCCAGGCGUAAAUAUUCUAGCUUGAUGGACAUACAAGGGAAGUAUGUAAAUACUGUAAAAACCUCUGAACAGAACAAGAAUAUAAGCUUGCCAGAAUUCUAGUAAACCCAUGUACGGUACUUGUAGUUGCCAAUUUACAAGCACCCUUGCCAGAAUUCUAGUAAACCCAUGUACGGUACUUGUAGUUGCCAAUUAACAAGCACCCUUGCCAGAAUUCUAGUAAACCCAUGUACGGUACUUGUAGUUGCCAAUUUACAAACACCCUUGCCAGAAUUCUAGUAAACCCAUGUACAGUACUUGUAGUUGCCAAUUAACAAGCACCAGCAGAAGGUCUUCUUGCUCAUUUUCCUUGAUACUUCAGUCACACCGCCAAAGUUUUGAGCCAAUUUCGCCCGGGCACCAAGCGGCGGCUGCCCGGGCACUGCUUUUUUUGCCGGGCAAAGGCCGCCCUCACUGACCUAAUCGAGCAUUUGCCGUCGUGCGAUUUAGGUAAAACGUUAAAGCCGCUAGGUCAAAGGCUGCCGAGUAGUCGGCGCCCGCUUCCUGGUCGUCUCUGAGAGAUCAGUCGGUCACUGGGCGGCGAGUCCAAAAUCGGUCGGCAGCCUUUGACCUUGCGGCUUCAAUUUUUGACCUAUAUUGCUCGACGGCAAACGCUCCAUUAGGUCGGUGCCCGGGCAGCAAAAGCCCGGGCACCGACUGUAUUCGGUGCCCCGUCGAUCACCGGCUGGGCCUCUACAGCCUGCUUGACUUCUCAAAAAAUCAUUCGGCGAUGCCUAAAUUCCAGCGGCGACCGAGCAGGCUACUAUUCGGUCGGUCGACGCUCUGACUUGUGACCAUAGCUUUAGGUGGUUUGUAGUUAUGCUGAUCGAAUAUGGUUCAAUUCAGCAAAUAAGAAUAGUAGUUCUGCCGUUAUUCAUGUUAUGCAUAUUUCUAAUCAAUACUUCUAUAAUUGGAUAUUCUAAUACUUGACACAAGAUGCUUUUUACACUGAUCCAUGGUGAUAUCUGUAGGGUCCAUCCGCCCCUGGUGUUUUUGCAAAUACUAAAAAUAAAUUGUGUAGGGGUAGCCUCUUCAUACUAUUAUUCUCCCCUAGAAAUUUCGAUGCCGAAAACUUUAAAAAAUCUAAUCCAAUAUAUGUCUGGAAUCAGCCACCAUUGAGCCAUUAUUCUAUUUAUGUAUGUAUUGAUGUAAUUAUGUUAUUUCUUCAUUUAAUUUAUGUUUUCUAAUUUCAAGAAACAUAAUGUCCAACAAGAGUCAACAAUGGAAUACACAAAUAAUGAACAUCAAGAGAACAGAAAUAAAAUAGGAGGGCUGUCCUCAUUAUCAUUCAAAAAUUGCCCCAUUUAAAGUUGAGUAUGUAAUUUAUAUUUGCUUGCCUAAACCCUUUCGUGACUAGAAUGUUUUGAAGGCUCAAGUGAUCACAUUUUCUUCUUCAAAUUGGCAAUAAUAGUAUUUUUCCCUUUACUGCUACAUUCCUCUAAUAAAAUGUUGGUCUUAAAUGUCUCUAAAUAUAAAAAACAAAUGGAUUGUGAAAUUUGCCAAAAGAUUGCAGAUUGCUGAUUUUGACUAAAAACCCCGGCCCCGUAACACAAAAGUCGCAAUCAAUCACCAUUGAAUAAUGGCCAAUCAAGAUCAUUGUUGCAUGCGCAUGCUGUUCAGAAUACUGCCCAUUAACCAAUCGGAAUGAUUGUUUCAAAUUUACAAUUGAUUGCAAACCUUUAUGUAACAGGGUCCUGUGACCUUGGACCUGUCAGCACGUUGCCAAUUUCCAUAAGGCUCACAUUCCAGCUCAUCAUAGCUUAGUUGGGGAAUGUGGCUUCCCAAUUUUGCAUGAUUGUUUAGUGUUGAUUCAGGGAAUAGGUUAGAAGGUCCACCUUGGACCACUCCAGUAGAGCAACAGCCCUCGAGACCGACAGCCCCUAGAGACCCACACCUCUCAAGAUUUACAUUGUCUUUCUGAUAAUUGAUGAACCCUCAAAAAGGGUGUUAAAAAGCCCACAAGACCGCCAUGCUGGUCUGGCUGUCGGUCUUUGGGGCCUUCUGGCAUUUUAUCAGAAGGCUUACAAUAUCAACAAAGUCUUAUUGGCUGUCAGUCUCUUGGCUGGUCGGUUUCAUGGACUGUUUGGUCUCGUGGGCCAUUGGGUCGAUGGGUUGUUAGUUUGGUGGACUGCUGGUCUCAUGGACUGUUGGGUCUCGUGAGCUGUAGCAGCCUAGUUUCAUUACAUUUCAUUCUUAUGUAUUCAAAAGAAAGUGCAAUAAAAAAGCAUUCAUUUAGACUUCGGUACUGUUUUAUUUAUGACCAAAGGGCAUAAACAUUGCUGCGGAUAAGCUAUCCAUGUAUUAUUUUUACAACACAUGGGACAAGUACUAAACAUAAAUUAACAUUCCUUGAUCAAUCUUGUUGGUCUUGUAUUCCAACUAUUUAUUCCAACGACAUCUAUUUAUUCCUGGAGUACUUCGAGUGUUAUAUACACUAUUUAUCUUUAAAAAAUUGUAUAAUAGGUGCUUUUUGUAUUCCUGUCAAAUAUAGCUCCUUUGAAAUAAAGUGGUCCAGAAUUUCCUUCAAAAUUCAUUUUGACAAAGGUAAAGGGUUAUGCGAUUGGCUAUUUAAAAUCUAGUAUACUCAUAGGCUUAAUACAGGAGCUGCCUUGUUCUUGUAGGCAACAAGUUAAAUGCUAGAUUUUGUAGAGCGCCAAUAUCUAGCUGCUUUGUCAAAGUACCUGAUGAGCUUGAAAAACUGCUGCAUAUGCUGUUCAUGAUUAACCUGGGAAAGAUGGGGGUAGUGGCCAGUGGUAUGCAAUGUGUGUGUGUGGAAUACCAGUAAGCCGGGGUAAUAAUAUGAUUGCAGGACUCUCAGAGAACAGUAUUAAUACUGAUGAGGUUACUCUGGGUAAACAAGACACACUGUGAUUGUUAUUAGGAUGUAAUUAUUAUCAUUAUCAUUAUUAUUCAUAUUAUUAUUCAUAUUAUCAUCAUGAAUUAUUAUUGUUUAUGUAGAUGUAAGUAUAAGCUGAGAUAUACGUGUACUUUACUCUGUUAACUUUAAUAUAAAUACACGUAGCUUGUACAGACUUUAGACAAAUGUGUACAAAAAAGAGAGUGGUUGACUGGUGGUCAUAUCUUUUUAUAUGGUCUUCUACAAAGUGUGCUAGCAAUAUAUCAAAGAAGUGAUCUCUACAUGUCUUUGUUUCUUUGUAGUGCAUACAUGUACACCCAUGCUCCAAGUGAUGCAUAGGGCUCAGUAGUAUAGUAUAUGAAUGUAGUAGUGUAUAAUGGGAAAUUAUUAGUAUAGUCUGAAUAUAUAACUAGUGUGUAAAUUAUGGUUUAGUCCAAGUAUUCUAAUAAUAUUUUAUUUCUUAUAUUUCGUCAUGGAAAGACAGUGUUCAUGUGAACCAUAUUAUGGUAAAUAGUACUGGCCAGAAAAGAUUUCCUUUCCAUGAGAUAGAAGUUGUAUUGUAUGCUAUUUUUGUACUACCUUUUGGGAAGAAAUAUAUGUAGGAUUUUGUUAAACUCAUAGCAAUUGUUAUGUUAUAUUUCAGUAAAGGUUUAUCUUUGUCUUUUGGAAAACUCAAGUCCAUUUCUGUUGCAGAACAUUGUGCUGUUUUGUGAGCGAUUUUAAUCGAUAUUAAUCAUUGAAGUCUCUAAAUCGGCAAAGCGGAGUGAAAGUCAUUAUCACUGUUUUUCGUGUACAAAUUGGCAAUAUCUUGAUGAAGUAAUUUCAUUCACACUGUUCUAUCUAAUACACAAUUAUUAUCAUUAUUCUUUUUUUAAUUUGAAAGUGUGGAAGACACAACUAAUUGUUGCCAAUUUGAGUAGAAACGGCUAAGGAUCUUUACAAAAUCAAACUGCUACAAUUCUGUAAUGCUGAUAUACUGAAAAGUUAAUGAAAUGAAGAAUGUAUAUAUGUACAACAAUGUUCAGGUCAUUGAUAUGCAGUAUACUUUCAGUGGCAAUUAUGUUUUGUUUUAUUUUGUACGCGUUGAUCCAUUGCAAUGCAUGAAUGCCCGAUUUGCGUUUUCUAUCAUUUAUUUAUAUUAUAUAGGAUCCAUUUUGCUGGAACAGUUGUACUUGCUUUGGAUCAGGAAGUAAUUUCAUGUAUGUGUAUAUUUCAUUGUGUGGGAGGGGAUAUAAAGUAUAUAUAUAUCAUACAGUGGCAAUAGAUUGUUGUGAUACUAAUUGUAGCUAUUAAUUAUGUUUACAUGUACAGUACAUGUAUGUCAUAUUCAUCAUGACCGUUUAGAUGACCAAGUAUUCUCUUUCAUGAAUGAUGAUUUGUUCAGCAGAAUUGUAGUAAAAAAAAAAUAAGGCUUUUGAUUUGGUUCAAGUUCUUGUUAUUCAUGUGAUCCUUAGAAAUUGACCAGAGUGGUGUCAUAAUUAAGGACCCAUUGGACUCUUCUGAUUUCAUUAUGCACAUGUAGGAGCUUGUACCGGGUAUGGACAUUUAUGCAAAUCUUGUCCUUUUUCAGUCCUAUGUAGCCCUACAUCCUUAAUUUAGAUACAUGCAACUAUUUAAGACAUAUUACCAUGAAGACAUGUCGAUAGUAAAAUUUACUAUUAACCUUUGUGAAAAUAGCGUCUGUGAUGUAGAAUUAUAGAUGCAUGCUUAGCAAGAUGCUUUUGAGGAUCAAAUCUUUGAUUUAACCGAAAGAAUGAAUUCUCCCGUCCACAAUGUUUUGUUGUUCUUAUAAUGCAUGCUGAGGUAUGUCCGAUUUGUAUAAGUCGAUUUAAGCCCUAUUUGGAAGCAGCAAUGACGUAUUGUAGCUCCAGAAUGAUAAAACUCUUGCCCAUAUAGCUCUUUAAAGCGAUACUGAACUAAUGAACUUUCUGCCCUAGCGUACUAUUGCAACGCGCCAUCUCAUAGUCAACUUUCCAACAGUGCAUAUAACCCAAUACAUAAUGCCCCCCCCCCUUCGCCUGACUCGCUGUGAGAACCAACAGCAAACCAGCAAGUAGAGGGACCAUACUGCCACAGCUGACCUGAGAUGGCCGGCCCUAGAGGGGGACGAUUAAUAGUACUUCUAGUACAGUAGGGCUUUAAGUGGCAUAACAUUAGUUGGUAGUUAUACAAUGUAUAAACUUGCAGAGAAGGAAGGAUUAGGAAACAGGAAUCUGAUUCCUGCUAAAACUUGUGAGUGAACAAUAAAGCAGUGUAUGCUAUGUGGAGUUUUGGAGCAAUUAUGUCUUAAAACAGUAUAAGAUUUUAUUUAUGUCAUGAUGAACUAUUGGUGUAAUAAAGAACAUAGACUAUCUCAUAAUGAUA